GGCCAGCGUGAGGAAUUAUUAAUUAAAGCUAACAAAUCACUCUGACGAGCUGUGCCCUGGCAUGGUUGAAGGUUGAUUGGCGAAAGUGUUCUCCUUUGGAGAAAAGACUUUUUGUGCUCGUGACGCAGUCAGAGACGGAUUAUUGAAUAUGCAAGUUAGAAGAAAAAUCACAGGACAAGCAAAUUGAGUAUUUACUGGCAAAUAAUUGCUCUCUUAAGCUGUGGCUCUCUUCCUAAAUUCUUAACAUUCCCGAGGGUUAGAAAGAAACAGAAAAAUGCAUCGGUACAGAGUACAUUUGAAAAAAAAUACAUAGACUGAUGUUUCAGACUUGUGCAGAAUGUUUCACCAUCAGUAACUGGAUAUUUCUCAGGACAUUACUGUCUGUGGCCGGUGGCGAGAGUAGCAGUGGCUGGCACUUUUCCUCCACAUUUUGAGAGAAAGAAAAUUGGCUGAAAUAGAACCUUGCUUUCCAUAUGGUCGACCUGAAAUACAGCAUUGAAAAGUUCCUAGAUCAUCAGUCCUGGCCUGGCCCUUCGUUUUACAUGCAGCCUCUCUGUGUUCCCUGCCCCAAUGAACGGCACUAGGCCCAAGUCUUGGAGUGAUUUACCUGAAGAGUGACAUCAUUGAUUUGGAAACUACUACUUCUCUGGUUCUGAGAAACGCUAAAGCUGGGAGACUAACACUGCACUUAAGCUCCAGAUGAGGAAACUGAAGUCCAGAGAGGUGAAGUGAGGUGCUCAAGGCCACACAGCAAGUUAGAGGCACAGCUAGUACCAUAGCUCAAGGCUCCUGACUCCCAGUCCAGUGCUCCUCCCAUUACUCCACGGGUCCUGUCUCUAAGCUUCCUGACAAAUGCUAGAACGGAAGAAACCCAAGACAGCUGAAAACCAGAAGGCAUCUGAGGAGAAUGAGAUUACUCAGCCGGGUGGAUCCAGCGCCAAGCCGGGCCUUCCCUGCCUGAACUUUGAAGCUGUUUUGUCUCCAGACCCAGCCCUCAUCCACUCAACACAUUCACUGACAAACUCUCACGCUCACACCGGGUCAUCUGAUUGUGACAUCAGUUGCAAGGGGAUGACCGAGCGCAUUCACAGCAUCAACCUUCACAACUUCAGCAAUUCCGUGCUCGAGACCCUCAACGAGCAGCGCAACCGUGGCCACUUCUGUGACGUGACGGUGCGCAUCCACGGGAGCAUGCUGCGCGCGCACCGAUGCGUGCUGGCCGCCGGCAGCCCCUUCUUCCAGGACAAGUUGCUGUUGGGUUACAGCGACAUCGAGAUCCCGUCCGUGGUGUCGGUGCAGUCGGUGCAAAAGCUCAUUGACUUCAUGUACAGCGGCGUGCUGCGCGUGUCGCAGUCGGAAGCCCUGCAGAUCCUCACGGCCGCCAGCAUCCUGCAGAUCAAGACCGUGAUCGAUGAGUGCACGCGCAUUGUGUCGCAGAACGUGGGCGAUGUGUUCCCCGGGAUCCAGGACUCGGGCCAGGACACGCCCCGGGGCACGCCCGAAUCAGGCACCUCGGGUCAGAGCAGCGACACGGAAUCCGGCUACCUGCAGAGUCACCCACAGCACAGCGUGGACAGGAUCUACUCGGCGCUCUAUGCGUGCUCCAUGCAGAACGGCAGUGGCGAGCGCUCCUUCUACAGUGGGGCCGUAGUCAGCCACCACGAAACGGCCCUCGGCCUGCCCCGGGACCACCACAUGGAAGACCCCAGCUGGAUCACGCGCAUCCAUGAGCGCUCGCAGCAGAUGGAGCGCUACCUGUCCACCACCCCGGAGACCACCCACUGCCGCAAGCAGCCCCGGCCCGUGCGCAUCCAGACCCUGGUAGGCAACAUCCACAUCAAACAGGAGAUGGAGGACGACUACGACUACUAUGGGCAGCAGAGGGUGCAGAUCCUGGAGCGCAAUGAAUCCGAGGAGUGCACGGAAGAUACCGACCAGGCCGAGGGCACCGAGAGUGAGCCCAAGGGGGAAAGUUUCGACUCGGGCGUCAGCUCCUCCAUAGGCACCGAGCCCGAUUCCGUGGAGCAGCAGUUCGGGCCCGCGGCGGCCCGGGAUGGUCAGGCAGAACCUGCCCAACCCGAGCAGGGAGCGGAAGCCCCCGCCGAGGGUGGUCCCCAGCCGCACCCCGUCGAGACCGGCACCUCUUCCCCAGAUAGAAGCAACGAGGUGGACAUGGAGAACACGGUCAUCACCGUCAGCAACAGCUCCGACAAGAGCGUCCUACAGCAGCCUUCGGUCAACACGUCCAUUGGGCAGCCACUGCCCGGGACCCAGCUCUACUUACGCCAGACAGAAACCCUCACCAGCAACCUGAGGAUGCCUCUGACCCUGACCAGCAACACACAGGUCAUUGGCACAGCCGGCAACACCUACCUACCGGCCCUCUUCACUACCCAGCCCGCGGGCAGCGGCCCCAAGCCUUUUCUCUUCAGCCUGCCACAGCCCCUGACAGGCCAGCAGACCCAGUUUGUGACAGUGUCCCAGCCCGGCCUGUCCACCUUCACUGCACAGCUGCCAGCACCACAGCCCCUGGCCCCAUCUGCAGGUCACAGCACAGCCAGCGGGCAGGGUGAAAAAAAGCCUUAUGAGUGCACUCUCUGCAACAAGACUUUCACCGCCAAACAGAACUACGUCAAGCACAUGUUCGUUCACACAGGUGAGAAGCCCCACCAGUGCAGCAUCUGCUGGCGCUCCUUCUCCUUAAAGGAUUACCUUAUCAAGCACAUGGUGACACACACAGGAGUGAGGGCCUACCAGUGCAGUAUCUGCAACAAGCGCUUCACCCAGAAGAGCUCGCUCAACGUGCACAUGCGCCUUCACCGGGGGGAGAAGUCCUACGAGUGCUACAUCUGCAAAAAGAAAUUCUCCCACAAGACCCUCCUGGAGCGGCACGUGGCCCUGCACAGUGCCAGCAAUGGGACCCCUCCUGCGGGCACACCCCCCGGGGCCCGCGCUGGCCCCCCAGGGGUGGUGGCCUGCACGGAGGGGACCACUUACGUCUGCUCCGUCUGUCCAGCCAAGUUUGACCAAAUCGAGCAGUUCAACGACCACAUGAGGAUGCAUGUGUCUGAUGGAUAAGUAGUCUCUUUCUCUCUUUUUCUUACGAACAAAACAAAACAGCGACAAAAAAAAAAAAAAAACAAACAGAAAAAAAAAAAAGCUAUGGCACUAGAAUUUCAGAAAUGUUUUGGUUUCGUUUUUACCUUCUGUUUCUGUUCUUGUUUCGUUUCAUUUUGUACUACAUGAAGAACUGUUUUUUGCCUGCUGGUACAUUACAUUUCCGGAGGCUCGGGUGAAUAAUAGUUUUCCCGGCCUCCCUCGGAUGGUGGCCUUAAGGCCUGGUAGUGCUUCAAGAGGUCCACUGGUUGGAUCUCUAGCUACUGGCCUCUAAAUACAACCCUUCUUUACAAAAAAAUCUUUUAAAAAAAAGUAAAAAAAAAAAAUUUUUUUUUUCACUUGUGAAGAGCACUACAAAAAUAUAUAACAAAAUCUAAAAGGCCUACUGUCUUUAAGUACACCGCUUGCAGUGUUUCCGUGGACAUUUUCACAAUUCUGGCCGCUUGGACUCACAGUAACCAGUGAAAACUGUGGAAUAUCACUUCUGGUUAAACACCCAGAGAAAGGCCCUGCUGUUUUCCACCUACCACGUUGUCUGAUUUCCCAAAAGGGCUGUGGGGGUGGGAAGGGACAGCGGGUUUCGGUGGUGUGGGAAAGGCUAAUGACAGGCUUCUCCCCCAUGUUCUGUUCGGGCCCACACACCUGGCCCACUUCCUCCAUACUCCCCCCUUUCAGCAGAAGCCAAGAAGACUUGGACAAGCAUCAAGCAACAGUGGCUCUCGUAUUUAUUCAGUGUCUUCGCUGGGCCCCAGCCUCAGCACAAUCAAGAGGGACUUUCAUGAAAGGCAGGAAUGCAGAUAAAACAAAGAUAUCAGAGGUUUGCACCUAUGUUUCUAGGUACAAGAGAAGGAUUAUUUCCAACAAUCUUUGCAAAAAACAAAAACAAAAAAAAAGUGUCAGGAUAUAUUCUUGUGGAAGAGAAAAAGAAAGAGAAAGUGGAGGGUGGGGGGGAAUAAAAAAAAGUUCAUGAGGCUUUUUUAAUUCAAAAUUUUAUAGAGGGGCAAAAGUGACGUUUACCAGAUAGAAUGCUGAUUUUUUUAAUAUAUUUACAACAGUAUUUGUGUAAAAAAAAAAACAAAAAAAGUGAGAUUGUUCAAAGUAAUUUUUUUUUCCAUUUUGGUUUUGCUUACACUGCCACCAAUCCCUUCUCUUUUAUUUUAUUUCACACAUAUAUAUAUAUUUUUUGGUAAGUCAGACUGUUAAGGUUAGCGUUACUGCUUCCAGAUAGAAAGAAUAAAAGGCAAUUAAAGUUAUAUUUGAAAGAGAGGAAGGAUAUUUUCUUCAUAUUUUUUUUAAUUUUUCUUAAUUUUUAUUAUUUUAAGUAUUGCCUGGGUUGAUGAGGGCCGCUGUGGCCAGCCCAUCCCUGCUGUAAUUUGAACUGCUGCUUUGUAUUUUGAUAUGUAGUUCUUUGACUUUUAGCAAGCUUACAUUGUUCCACUGAAUUUGUUGUCAACCAGUCCAUCUAGAAUUCUGUUCUUUCUCAUGGGAGGGACUUUACCUUUCAGAAAUAGAUUUUUUGCUUCUCAAAAAGCUCGUUGAAAUCUUAUGAUUCUAGUAUUUCUGUUGACUUUACUUUCUUAAUUUGUUUUUAAACAAAACACUAGUAGUGUAGUGGUCUUGACAAAAGGGUUCUUUCCUUCGGGAGUCAGUCAGAAGGAGACAUUGGCAGAACUCUACCAUAUAUCCUUGCCCUUCUCAGCUAUGGGGAGCAGCGUAUUUGGAAGCCUGUUUUGGCUUUGACAGAUCAGGAUGCUUUGAUGCCAAAAUUACUUUCUUCCUUUCAGAUAUCACCUUUGAAUUAUGUGAACCAUGGUUAAAAGGACUGAACAAGAUGUUCAUUCUUUAGGUGACUUCUUAACCCUUGCAUAUUAGGAAAGGUUUAAAGAAAGAACAAAAUCUUCCCAAAUGCCAACAUUCAUUCAUCACUCAAAAGGCCACCAAGUCUUUGCAUCAUUCUAGAUGCCUCUCUCCCUUCUUAGUUGGGAUUUCUCUUCUCAGUCCUAAUGUCGAUAUUAUACUAAGUAUUUUUUCAAUAUAGACAGUCUCCAGAGGGAUUUGACCCCAAAUACAGGAAAUUGUAAAUCUCACAAAAAAACCCCAAAGAUUAUUUCAUUGCUGGGCAUAUUUUAACUUGAGGGAAAGCCUAUCUUUAAACAGAGCAGAAACGUCAAAUUACAAUUUUUAAGAAUAAAAGAGCAUUUUCAUUUAAUAUUACUUGACAUUUUAAUUUCAUUUUCUAUCAGCAACUUAUUUAGAAAAACAGUGCACAAAAUGCAGAGAAAUCUUUCAAAGUAAUUGGCUCUAUGAUGAUUAAAUUGAUGUUAUAAGUGUAAUUUACAUAUUUGGUUGACCUGGAUAUUUUCCACAGUUCUUGGUGGUUUUUAGUAGGGCUAUAGAGCUAGUGUAGAUGUGAGUUUGAUUUGAUCCUGUGGUCCUUAAUUUAGUAAAUAUCUUGCUACGAGUUUUAAAGUUGAUUUGAAUGGAUAACUAACCCAUCAUGACUUCUGAGAUGAGUCCUUUCAAGAAGUUUGUGUCCAAAAUUGGCAUUAGUGGAAAAUAGCUUCAGAUAUGAGAAGUCCAUUUUUCUCUUGCUAACUUUGCUUUUUAAAAUAGCAAUGUUGUUAAGAUUCGUAUUUCCACUUACCACCAAUAGAGGGAGCAGUCAUUAAUUAACCAUGUCCUGGAAUCUUUUUGGUAUUUGAAAAGUCAUUUGACCUAUGAAAUCAAAAGGGGGAAUGGAGAUGGGGAAAAUGACUUUUUUUUAAAUUAUGACUAACAGAAAAGUGAUAUGAGAUUACUUGGUUUCUGUUACCAAUAAAAGAAGGCCAAAUGUCACUUAAGACAUUUAAAAUUAUUUAACAGCAACUGAUUAAAAUAGUGUUCUUAUUCAUACUUAGCAAAGUAGACAAAACUUACAAUAAUUCUAGAAAAAUUUAUCUGGGGUACAAGUAUGGGCCACAUUUAGCUGUUUUCUUCUUAGAUCUAAGGGAGACCCAUUUGCCUUAAUGCUGAUUUGCCACAUAAAAAUCUUAGCAAUUGGAUUAGAAUCCACUUUUUGUUAUAGAACAUGGAGGGUGAAGAUUCCAAUUGUAUUUGAAAUCCUAAUAUUUAUCCUUUUCCUUUAAAGAAAGUCUCUCUCUCUCUCUCUCUCUCUCUCUCUCUCUCUCUCUCUCUCUCUCAUACUUGGAGUGAGAUAACCAAUAUGACAACUUGUACUAUUUAGGUUUGCUUAGCAGCAGACUUUUUCUUUCUGUAUGACUUCAUCUCAAUUGUUUUACAGACUAAAGUAAUUGACAGAUAGUUCUCUAGAGAGACGAAGAUGCUAGAUUGGAGUGGAAGAUUUAGUCUGGGUGAAAAUUAAGUUGCUGUGAGGCCAUUCCUUUAUGUCCUGGCCUCUGAAAGGGCUACUUUCCCAAUUGACCUACAUUUUAAAAAAUGAACCAAUCAGUAUCUAUUUCCAAAAGACAGAGGUACUUUCAGAUUGUCAGUUCUUUUAAAUUAAUUUAGACAUCUUGGUAAAUGGAGAGAUGUUUUGUUUCAGUAAUAGAGGAUGAGCAUAGAUCCUUUAGGUUUUCAUUUACAGCCCAACACUUUACUUACAUUUAGAACUUCAUGCUAGUAUGAUAAUCAGGAGAAAAAGAUAAAUAAAUGCUCCAGAUUUAAGUUCUCUUGAGAUGAGUACAGUGAACAAGAACUGGUAUGAAAAAGAACAUUAUUUUUCAAAGCAUCUUAUGGCUUAAAAACUGGAUUAACUGAACUAAGAAAAGGUCAAAAGUCAAAGUGGAAUGUUUGUUUCAAUGUGGAGACACUUACGUACAGCUUAUGAAAAAUAAAAUUUUCUAACACUUAAAACAUUGGUAGCAUCUAAGUGUAGUGGGCAGUUUUAUGCCUAGUAAAUGCCAAUAUAUAUGUACCAAAAUAUAUAAAAUGUAGCCCUUCAGGAAGAUAUUUGGACACUUGUGUCUGAGGCAUAUCAAUUUGUGAAGAUUGAGGAAUAAGGCAGAAUCUCCAAUAUAUCUGAAGUGAAAAUCUCCAUAUCAAAGUUCUUUUACUAUGUAGAUUUAAGUUUUAAACUUUAGCUCUUAAUAACAUUUUUUAGGCUUUUUCCUCCCCAAAUUUCUAAUGUUCUGAAUCGUUUGUGCCAUAAGUCAGUUUGAUGAGUAACAGCCUACUCAGGCUCAGACUGCAGUGCUUAUCUUAGAGUACCUUGUGGGUGACCACAGCUCCUGAUCUUUAGUAUAUAUAAAAAAAAACACACACACACACAUACUUGAAUUCUCUUUGCUUUAAAGUCAGAGGGGUUCUCUUUUGGAGCAUCCCAGUAAUCUAGAAGGAUCAAGAAAACCCUUUCCAGACCACUAAAGUAAUUUGUACUUUCUGGUCUGAGAAGAGGGCAAGUCCUAAUGCGAGGCUUGGCCUCCGUCAUGCAAAUAUGCCAAUCAACAGUAUAUACCCACCCCCAAUCAGUGUUGGCCUCAGCACAGAAGUUGAAGAUGAGCACCCUUAGGAAACUCCCUUCUAAACCCCCUCAGAUCCCUGAAAGAGAGCAGAAGGCAGGUCUGUAUUGCUUCCUAUUAGGGCUCCUUCAUAAUGCUCCCCCCACAGCUGCCCAGGCUCUAGGGAAAGAAGCUUCAAGGUAGAUCUGGUCUGAGUUUCCACCAGAUGGGCCCAUUCUGAAGCCUCUUCCACUAGCCAAUGUGAAAUUGAAUUAACUGGGACGGGGAAGAGGAGCUAGCAUUCUGCAGGUAAUGUGUCUGUUAACCAAAGCAGAUCUGCCAGUGUCCUGCUGCAGAAGAAAAUCAAGACACAACCUGAGAUAACCCUGGGAUUUAGGAGAAUGCAAGAGUUGCCCUUUCAGUUCGGACGUGGCUCUUUAACAGAAAUCUUCUGAAAGAAUUCUUUAAUUUAGUAAGGAGUUGGAAGUCCGGAGUAAUGGAAGCCCCCGGGGAAGAGAACAAAAAGAUUGCAAGAUGCAUUCAGGGCCCAACAAUGUAAACCCAGAGAACAUCCAAUCGCAGAACUAGGAAGUUUUGGCAAAAGGUAUUUAGAGAAAUCUCUGAGCGGUUCCAUGGGCAGGGCCGGCAGACUCUUUUGAGUGCUUUCUGGCUCUGAGAAACCUCUUUACUCACUUAGAAAAAGAACUUUAUUUAAAUGGCCAAUUUUUGUCCCCCAGAAAAAGAAAUUUCAAACAAGAAAAGAAAAAUAGGACACUAAAGCCAGAACCAUGUGACUUGGUGACAAACAAAAGGAAGGGAGCACUAGAAUUUCAAUAGCCUGCCUAAUUCCUUAGAAAUGGCGUGGAGACCAAUGCCUCUCCAUCUGUGGGGGGAAGUGAAAAGAGUUCUUGAGCUGACCCAGCCGCAGGGGCUUUCUAAGGCUAGCCUGAACUUCCCCGUUGGGAAUCGGCAGCCCCUUUAUCUCCUCUGUUUUCCUUAGAGAAAGGGCUGUUCUCUUAGGUGCCCAUGAAAUAGAUCACAUGGGCAAACUUUCAAAAGCUGUGUUUCCCCUGGUGCUCAAGCUGCAUAUAGAGGCAAGGGGUGGGGGGUGGGGGGUGGGUUUUGUUACUAUUCCUGUCAGCAUACAGAACAUGAAAAUUACUAACCCAAAGUGUCAUUCCUAGCGUUAGGUAUUAAGAUGAUGGUCCUGACUUAGACACCCCCAAAGAUUCCUUGAAGUGUCUGCAUCUUCCUUUUUUCCUGGACCGCUUAAUCCCUUGCAGUCGGUGGUGUGCGGUAACAGGUUCCAGAAAAUGACACGGAACACUAGGAUUUGUUUCCAUCCUUCUCUGGGUGAAGAGGAAAGUGAGCAGUUCUGCAUGGCUGCAUGGCGUGGCUCUGAGUUCAGAGCCCUGCACUUCACUCUUGGAGUCAAGUCUCACUAGUCUGGUCCUAGUGAAUGUCCAUACCCUGACCCACACACCUGGAUUCUGGUGAGUUCUUUAGGCCCAGACGAUUGUUCUAGAAACGGACUGCUUUAAGAUUAAAAUCUAGUGUGACAUGAGCUCGGUUAAGUUUGGUUCACAGGAAGCCAUGUAUAGGAAAGAAUCCUGGCCUUAAUCCAGAAAGCCCACAACAAAGGAGAGAAAGGGAACCUGGAAGCGUUUGAGGCCAUGAACUUUUCUGGGGUUUAGUGGUUGCAUUAUCACAAAUAUGUGCCCUGGGGUUGGAGAGAUAGCACAGAGGGGAAGGUGCUUGCCUUGCUCUGGCGCCCGGUCCAGUUCCCCUGAGCUGCAUAGGAGUUCUCCCUGAGCACAGAGACAAGGGUAAGCCCUGAGCACUGCCAGGUGUGACCCGGAAACAACAAAUACUCACCCUGUUUGUGACUGAGCACUGUGAAAACAGUGGCUUGUGAAAACUGAACUUGUACUAAAGUGGCUGCUUUUUCCUUUUUCAAUGACAUAGGCCUUGGCUGGGCAUAAACCAGAAUAGUGAAUCCCAUCAGGCGUCACAGGCACCUGGCUGCCAGUUUUAAACAUUUUGUUAACAGGGAGAAUAAUCUCAACCAAAAAAAGAGAAAAUUUUCUCUCUUUCUUACAGCAUAUAACUCUGAAUCUUUUUCUUUCUCCAUUUUAGAGAGCAUCUGGUUUAUCUGAUGGUUCUUUGCCUAAAUGCAAAUUCACCACUUUCGGUUCUUCAAUGACAGAGCAUAAUCUGCAGAUCAUAGGGAAAAUCAAUCCAGUAUUAUGAGAGUCCUGACUUCUGCUCUGUCUAAUUGGGAUGUAAAAAGUCCCUACCAGGCCUCUUUCAAAUUCAGAGGUUUCCUUGGUUCAAAAUGCCUCAGUGAGAUUCUGAUAUACCUAAGAGGGGUGGGGGGUGGGGGACUAACUCCAUCAGAUACAUCUGUUUCUACCACUGGUGCAACAGAAGUUUAUCAUUGCCCGGCAAAAUCUUGCAAUUUAUAUGUAGAUUCUAAUAAUGAAAGUGACUUAACCCUUCUGGUUUCUCACAGCUGCUGUCAAAAACAUCUGUAAAUGAGUAUACGUUAUGCAUAUGCACAUACAGUCUGAGGUGCUCAGUCAGAAGCUGCCCCACAUUCAUAUUCCCCGAGGACAAUGAGAUUGAUUCUCACAUUUCUUGUUGGUCAGAGGUCUGCCAUAUCUGCUUCUGCUCUGUUGCCUUAACAGGGUGCAUCAUUCCUCUCCACUGUCUGUGAUGAGGCUAUUGGGCGUUCUGAAGGAGCCUAACCAUCAGUAGUUUCAGUGUCGCCCUUUCACGAGAAACUUGAAUAUGCUUGGAGUAGAGUGCUCUUAACCAACUCUGCACUUCUGUUGGAUUUACUAACACACGCACUUGUGUGUGUGUGUGUGUGUGUUUGUGUAUGCGUGUACUCUUGUCUGGAAGUGUGUGUGUGUACUCUUGUCUGGAAGUGUGUGUGCAUGUGUGUGUGUGUGUGUGUGUGUGUGUGUGUGUGUGUGUAAGAAGCGCGCGCAGGAGCAGGUCCGAGUGCAUAAGACAGAGUUGCCUCUUCCACCGCUGUGUGCAGACUUGUGGCUGUCUUCCCAGGAAACAGUCACCUGCCCACUCUGUUGCUUUCUGUAGCGUUUCAGAGUUGAGAGAAACAAAGGCAGUUUGUUGGAUCCACAGCAAACCCACAGUGACAGGCUGUUUUCCUCCAGGAGAGGGUAGAACAGAAGUCCUCCACUGGCAAGCAGACGAGAGGAAGCAGCAGUCUGGGGCACCUCCUUGGGUCUCCUGGAGAGGAAGGGGCACCGAGGCCAGGCAGACAAGGCCAGCCCCACAUUGGCCAGAGCCAUCCCAGAGCUUAAUGGCCUCCACCCAUUUCCUCUCUGCAGCCAGGUGUGUCUGCACAAGCAUCCACCCACUUGUUAGUUUGACUCCCAAACGGAAGCUUCCCACCUCUGCCUGCGUCUGCAGGCCAUCAUCAUAAUUCACAAACUGUGUCUCCUGAAACCAAUGUGGCCUUUGCCGAAAUCUUUCCAGGAAUAGGUUGUUUACCAUGUCUAGCAAACCAAUAGAUUCUUGGGGGAAUAAUUUUUGGUAAUCUCUAAGAACUGAUGGCUUUUGCCCAUCUCCACCAUUAAAGCUGAGUACCACUCGUGUAAUAUUCUGAAUGCGUGAGCCUGGCUCUCGUAGCUGACCAAAAGGUGGCCUGGAAAUAGUCGGGUUGUUCUCUCACUCCCAUGCCCUUCUUUUACUAGAUGGUUUAUUAUUUUUAUGACAUGUAGAUUAUUUCUGCUAAUUUACAGAAUUCAGAGGACAUUUUCUUUCCUCUUCUAUUUUGGUGACUUUCCCUCCCCCCACUAAGUAAGGCUACUUAUAGUUGAAGUUCUUUGUUGUUAUUUUUUAAAAUUUAUAUUGUCUUUCUAUAUCCAAAAAAAAAGUCUGUGACUGUAACCAUAGAUAUUUCUUUUUACUGGAAGAAAUGAGGUUUUGGUUUUUGUUUUUAAUUAACAGUACUAGUGACUUUGUGGAAGAAUAUGAGUUACUAUUUAGGUAUGCUUACUUAAGUAUAGUACACUACAUUGCAGUAUUUCUGAAACCUAGAACAUACACAUUAUAUAUAACAACUUUAUAUUGAAAUAUAUAUUACAUUAUAUUCAUUUUACCUUUUCAAAUCUGCCUAUUAUCAUGAGUUGAUUGAAAUAUUAUUUCUUUGCAUUUAUCACCCAUCACCAACCUGCUGCAGUUAACCUGGUGCAUUUCAUAAUCAUGACUGCUCUAAUUUGCUUUUUAUAUUAUCAGCUUCAGUAUUGUCUUUACAGGAUUUUAGAUAUUUUUACGCUCAGACUUAGCAAAUGUAGGAAAGUGAAAACUUUUUUUAAGAAACUUUUUGGUGUGGCUGAUACGAAGAGGUUCAUGUUCAAGGUGAUCUUGUUUAGCUGACCCUCUAGAUAACUGAAGAACAAAAGAAAUGCAUAUGAAUGUAUCUGUGAUGCCUCCUCUUGGACUGUCACUGUACUUGCUUUUUAAAAUACGGCCAAGGGGCUGCUUAACCUCCAUGUAAUCUGACCAACAAUUAUAAGCUUUGUUUCAAAGAGCUCUUUAUGUGAGGAGCAUAAAACAAUGAAAUGUCUAGUUGUCCCAGCUGUAUUUUAAACAUUGAUUUUAAUAUUUCUGCUUUCAAUACUCUCACAAUUUUUUAACUAAUCUUCAGUGCAUCCCUGGAGGCAGCUUGGCAAUAUAGUAUUCAUUUCUCUAGAAGAUUUAAAUAAUAAAUAAAGCCAGAGUUUGAGAAACUUUUUCGGAACAUGCUGACAGAAAUUGAACUCAGAAACAUAGCUUUCAUUUUUUGGUCUGCAAAACACAUAAAAUGAUGAUUCUUGGGCAUCUGGCCUUCACAUCUCCCUUUGUCUGUGAAGAGAGGGAUUUGAGGCCUUUCUUCUUUAACUUAACCUCAAAAAUCUGGCUGCCUAUCUACCUUACAAGAAAUAAUUUCAAAUAAUAUUUUAGGUAAAGAGUUUCUUCAGCUUCCCUCAAUGUCCGGAAAACCCCAUGAUCACGUAAACUUUACAUCCAUCCUGGGUGCCUGAAACCAAUUUCAUCACCUUUGUUCUACACUCAGGACAAAGAAAAGAUCUGUUCAUAUUAUUGUGUGAAAACUCUUCUACACCAGACCAUUAUUAAGACUUCUUAGUAUGAAUGAAAUCAAUUCUUUCCUUUCAUCUUUCCUAAUACUUUCCCCCCUUUUUGUAAUAAAAAUAAAUAAAUCCCAGUCAGCUCUUCUGUGCUUGUAAACUAGUUCUUCCAUCCACCCCAAUUACCCAAGCUCCAGUCAAUACCCUUCACUUGUGAAAUCCUGUACUAAAUAAGGAAUUAUCUGCUCUCACCUACUUAAAAGGGAUUAGUAUUAAGACUAAUUGCAGAAUUAUCAAUCUGUUUUUCUAAAGUUUUCAAUUUGAUUGUGAAUUGAGAGUGAGACUACCGUUUCUUCUUUCCCAAAUGACUACAUAAUAUUGAAACUCUAUCAACUUUAUUAUUUUUUCUGUUCCAUUACCUAACCCUUUUUCUUUGUUUCUCUUCAAGACUAAAUUACCGCUUCUAUUCACCAUCACCCCAUGACCCUAAUAAUUAUGACACUUUAGCAUUCAUUUUCCUUCCUUCUCUCCCCACUCCAAAUGGCCUUCUCUAAGCUUUAUGUUGUUGAAGAUCUUUGACAUGGACGAGUUCAUAAACUUUAGACUCAUAGAAUAAAGCAUGUCUUCACUGCACCUUCAGGUUUUAAAAAGUUAUCAAUAUUCUUUUGAGAGUGGGAGGACCUGAGUCACACUUUAAAUGUCAACUAUAUUCGCUGAGGUCAUCAGUUGCCUUUACCUUCACAUUUGGCCAAUGACAAGAGAAAAGUAUUUUCUGUUAUUUUUUCCCCUUUAAAUAACACAGUGUUCAAAUUCCUGGUAUGAGUCGACCAUUUCUGAGGAAGAAAAGAAAUUUGUCAACAUUGAUGCUGAUUGUUAAUAUUAGGCCAAGUGAUAUGUUUACCAAAUAGACAACUACAGAAAUAUUGUAGUUAAAAGUGGGUAACAUUUUAGAAGUAUUUUAGGCAAUUUCUCAAGAUUUAGUAGCUCUGCUAAAGCAAGUAAAGUCACUUCUACUGAAACACAUUGUAGGAAACAAAUAGCAAGAUUUUUUGCAUGUGCCAAAAUUUUUAAAACAAUUAUUGAUUUGUUUUGAGCUCCUUGCUGUAAUUUACUAAGAGACGAGCAGAUCCACACAUUUUAUAAACUAUUUUGCAGCCAGAGAUUUUUUUAACAUAAACAGAAUGUGUUGAAAUAAAAUAAUAAUAAAGAUGUAUAGAUACUUGAAGAGCCAUUUGAUACCUUCCCCAAACAUUUAUGUAGACAUUUAUAUGGCAUUGGGAGGACUACCUGUUUUGAACACACAAAAGUCUACUUUCAUUUCUUUAACCCAUUGUCAAAUAGAUCAACAUCUAAUAUCAAGAAUUGAUUUCUUAAUUUGACAUGAGAUUUGAUUCAGCUUUAACAAUCCAACCAGCUUAUGCCAUUAUGCCAUAGAGAACAGUGAAAUAGAGAAGGUUCAAAGGUCACCCUUGAGUCAUUCAUCUAGUAGGAAAUCAACAUUUCUUCAAGCCAGUAUCCAUGUUGCUUAGAAGUGCCAUCUUCAUCUGCUAUGUUUUCCCAGUCCAUCCUAUUCCUUCUUUAUCUUUGUCAUGUUUCCUUCUUCAUUCCGUUUCCUUUCAUCUCUUUUAAAAGUAUUCUUCACCCAGAGUAUUCUUAUAUUGUGCAUUGAACUCUGAAGAAAAUAGGACUCUUUUACAUCAUAAACAGUGUCAUUUAAAGGGUAGUGAGUAAUAAAAUUGUGGCUCUUCUAAGUCCCAUUUGGUCCAGUUAAUCACAGGUUUUCUCCAGGAUCCUUGCUUGGUAUUGUUCUGUCUUGUUCCCUAUGAAGAGCUCUGGCCGGAAGACCCAGGAUUUCUCCCCACAACCUCUGAGUUAGUUGAGAUUCAUGUCUAAAUCCCGUUUAAAAUUCUAGAGUGUGAAUUUCUUAUUGCUUCUGAGUCUCCUGCUUUUUCAAGCUGACACCUGUCAGGAGCAUCAAUAGCUCUAACAGUAACUAAUGCAGCAAAAUAAUGGUCAGAAAUAUUAUAGUGUAUAUUGGGAGGAUAGGAAGGUUUACAUUUCUUCUUUUCCUCCCCCACUCCACGCCCACCCCACAAUGCAUUUUAUAGAGUCUGCAUCUCAUUUUACAGAUACGUAGUUUUAGCAUUUGCAAAUAUAGUUUAGGAAAUGUUCUGAGAUUGAGGCUGGUACAAACCAGUUUAUUUUCUGCACUGGACUUUAGGACAAGUGUGCACAGAUGCAAUUCCUUCAAAGAAAGUGAAACUAACAUAGUAAAGCAAAGGGAUAAUACUUUUACACAUUAAAACAGUUGUUUGCUAUCUGUAAACCUUGAUAUAUGCAUAAUUAUUAUUUUUAGAAACCUGAAACUGGAGGAAUGUGUAUUUUAGUAAAUCUUGUUUUGUUUGUUUGUUUGCUUCCCUUUAUUUCUUUCUUCUCAAGAUUUUAAAUGAUUUUGACUCUUCAAUUUGCUACUGUCUGUGACCCUUAGGCAUCAGUCAAGUACUCGCCUGACCUAACCAUAGUUACUCUCUUAGAAUGAAAUCUCUGCCUUUCUACUUUAUUAAAGAAUCUUUUUGCCAUAAAAGUCACAUCUUUCUUUUUUAAUAGCACUUGAGAGCUCUGAGAAGAGAAACUCUCUCAAAACUUUCAGUGUAGACUAGUUAAAAUAUUAACUAUGACUUCACACACACACACACACACACACACACACACACACACACACACCUAUUUACCUAACCUGACAGAUCUGAAAACAAAGAAUGGAAAUUGAGUGUAGAUGAAGGUCAUACAUUUUACAAUACAAGUCCUUGUUGCCUCCUCAGAUUGUUUUAAGGCUGGGAAAAAAAAUAAUUUUAUUUAAAAUCCUCAUUGGAUGUUUCUUAUUAAUAUAUAAUAGAAUACCCAGCAAAGGAUGUAGCUCAGAUGCCAAACUUAGUCAAUUAUUAGGUUUCUGAAGUUGUUUAAAUUUAUUUUCUAUUAAUUUCAAAGCUGUAUGUGGUCUUAAGGCUGUAAAUAGAGAAACAUCCACUAAUCCAUGGCUUCUACUCUCCCCAUCAGGCGAGAGACAGUCAACAUGAGAAUGGGCAUUGCAUUGUCAGGACUUCAUCCAUCUCAAACCCCACCACCACAAAAGGAAAAAAAAACUACAACAAAUUAGAAACUUUUUUUAAAAAGGAAAUUGUAGUGCUUCGUUUGAAAGCAUAUUGUUUUCCACUCAAUUCACUUUAUAGAUAGCCUGUCAACCUUUUAUAACCUGUCUUUUGUGCUAUAAUAUGCAUCCUUAGCUCAAUCUUUAAAAUAAUUACAUUUUUAAUUGAGUGAACAGAGGAAAAGCAAAGAAGGGGAACAGGCUAAUGUGAUGGUACUAAAUUUGAUGCCUUUCUGAGUUCCUAAAACCAGUUCCCGGGCCUACUAGAGAAAGAAUGCCACUAACCUUUAACCAUUCUUGGCUAUUUCAUUCUAUCAUAGACUGAAGAAUUGCUAAGACAACCUUGCUUCUUUGUGAUUUAAAACUUCUAAGUACUGUCAAGCCCUUGAAGAGAUAUUGUAGAAACCCUUGACUUCUCUAUCCAGUCUGCUCUCACAUGGACCAUGAACCUGUGUAGAGCUACCCUACCACCACCACCACCUCCCCCAAAAAGGUUCAAAGUUGAUAAAAGAUUUCGAUAUAAUCUGGAGCUGGAGCGAUAGCACAGUGGGUAGGUCAUUUGCCUUGCACAAGGCAGACCCAGGUUGGAUUCCCAUCAUCCCACAUGGUCCCCCGAGCACCACCAGGAGUUAUUCCUGAGUGCAGAGCCAGGAGUUAACCCCUGUGCAUCACCAGGUAUGGCCCAAAAAAGCAAAACAAAAAAAGAUUUUGACAUAAUUAAAAGUGUUUGUGUCUGUUCUCUGACAGGAGCUUCUUUUAAGGUGGAGGGGGAAUCAAAAGGCUGGUCACUCUACCCCUAUUCUGUUAGGGAUGACCUUUGAUUUGGAACUGCUUGUAAUACAUGCAGGAGAGAAUCAGCAAAGUCAUUUUUCAGCGUUAAACUUCUUCCCUAGUCCCAUUGAGCUGAACCUCUUUUUUUCUUAAGGGCCUGUUGAAAUAUAAAUUAAAAUUCACUUUCAUAUAGCUAAUUAAAGUCGUCUUUUUCACUAUUGUUGACAGAAUUGUGGUUUUUCGGUGUAAAUAAAAGCAGAGCAUCUUAAUAAUCCUCAUCACAGCAAACAAAGGCAAGAAAUUGAUAGUCUAGAGAAAGUAACUUUAUGUUUUUAAGUAAUUAGUGGGUGUUGCCCCCCACUAUCCCAAAUGCCUUUAGCUUUAGAGUCUGUUCUAAACUUCAUAUUGAUGCUUCUGAGACAUUAGCCUGUAUGUGGGGGGUGGGGGUGGGAGCAGACAAACAGAUUUUGCAUUUGAGGAUGAGAGGCCCAGGCAAACUGAAGAGACUGAUUCUUGAGGAUAAACAUCUGCAAAACUUUUAACAUUUGUUAUUUGCCACUUUCACUAUUUCUCCAGAAGAGCUCAAUACUGCCACAUAACAAAUUAAUUCUAAAGUAAUCUCUAAGCAAGAGAGAGGUAAACUCCCUACAUUAGCCUGCUAUAUCUCAUGUUUUUAUCUUAUACAAGAAAAGAUACAAUACGCUCUUAAUUUUGGAGUAAUAACUCACUUUUAUAUUUAUAACUGUACUUUUGAUAUGUCAUGGAGCUAUUUGUACCAGUUUUUAAUCUGUCAUACUUAGAGGGGCCUUCAGAAUUUCUGUGUUUGUAGAUCUGUACUUAUGGGUAGUCAGGAAAUAACAGUGGAUGGGAGUGAAAUGAAGUGCGGGAGAAGGAGGUCAGUGUGAAAAAGUGAAUUCUCCAAGUGUCCCUAUUUAUUUAAGGUAUGGUGUGGCUGCUACCCAAAACCCUUGAGGAAUAAUUUAUUACACUAUUCUAAAAUAAAAGCCCAGCACUGUUAAAUUUAGGAUUGUGUUUUGAGACACAGGAAAGCUUUAUCUUUCUCUGUACCCAGUCCCUUUAGCAUUGAAGCCAUCUGACAUGAUGAAAACCAUUAAAUAAGAACCACUACUGACCUUUAUAUUAAAUUGUUAUUUUUCUCUUCUAAAUACUACCCCAACUACUUCAACUCAACUACUUCCCUUUAUUUUCUGCCUAUUGGCCUAAUAUGAUACAGAAUAAUACAUAGGUGCAAACUAGUUGUUUCCCUCCUUCGAGCUCAAGCAAACAGAGCAACAAAAGAACUGACUCACAGAAGUGUGAGGUAAAGUUUGAAUUUCCCAUUUUGUGGCACUGGUAACCUUUAGUAAGAGCUGUUGAGCUGUUUAGGGUUGAGCUUGGGUCUGUUUUAAGGCUUUUUUUUUUUUUUGCACUAAAUAUGACUGCACUGCAUUGCACUACUGAAAUGUAUUUACUUGUGCCAGGAGAGGGUAUGUGGGCUAUGGGGAUGGAGAAAGAAGGAAGUUAUAAAACUCAGAAGCAUCACGGAAAUGGAGGAUUAUUUCCAUGGUACUUGAUCUUAGCAGAGUUGGUAAGAAGCUAUAUAAUCUGCCUACUUGAUCAGGCCUUGAAACUGCCAUGCUGGUAGAAUCUGUUUUCUUAUCAAAAAGGAAAUAAAUUAGUACAGUAAAUGGAAGACACAUAAGGAGAAAUUUACCCAAUUUUAUCUCCAAUUAAGCUUUCAGUAAGAGUUUUGAUGGCUAAAAAAAAAUUUUAAAAAAAAGCCAACCAAUAUGACAAGGGGAUGGUGACCAUGGCCUACACCACUAAGUCCCUUUGCUGAUGCACAUUCCCGUGUGGCAGAGGGCAGUGGCUUAUUCUUCUUUCCAAAAAAACAUAACCUUGUCUAUAUUGGGUAUACUUUUCAGCCUGAACAUGUAACCUAGAUCAGGCUAACCAAAGAGCAAGGCCAUUCAUGCGGUAAAAUCCUUUAAGAUGACAGUAAGGGAACAGUGCAAUAAACACUGAAAACCAGUGAGGUGAAAGGUUUAUUUUGAAACAAGCUAGUCCACCUUUGAAGUUGGAGGAGGAUUGGAUGAUUGCCCCAUCACAGGCUGUCCUGUAUUAAGCAAAAGACUUUAACAGUGCCUGAAGUUUACUUUGAACUUUUGGGGGGUUGCCCCUCAGUUUUCCUUAUUGGAUUUAUUUUUAUUGCCACUUUUAAUCUCAGAAGUAAUUUUUUGAUGGCAUCUUAGUAACUAUUAAAAAAGAAGCCUUUACCACAUAAAAAAAGCAAUUCAUCAUCAAGGGAAGAAUAACCAAGAAUGAAGAUGCUAAGAGACUCUUCGAGAAUCCAAAGUGACAACCCUCGAGGUUCUGAUUUAGUAAGAAAGAGUCUCACUCAUACAGAUGACUAGUGUUGAAUUUCUCUGAAAACUAGCACACAUAGGUAACAUCAAAUGAAAAACGCUCAGGUGAAGCCUGGAAAAACACUCAGGUGAAACCUCUGCUAAAAUUACAUACAGCAUUGGUGCCCAUCUCUGUCUCUUCUUAGCAUUCAUCCAAGUCCACCAUUCCAAAUUAGAAAAAAAAAUUAUUUUAAAGAAAUUUUUUAAAAUUUUAAAGAAAGCAGUCAGCCUUGCUAAUCAUAAAAUCUCCAUUUAAAGUUUUUAGAGGGAACAUAAGCAAUCCCGUAAGUACUCAAAGCAUUGUCUCUAUUUUUUAAAAAGAAACUCUAAAUCUAGAGGUCUUAACAGGUACUUAGAGAUGUGUAUUGGGUAAGCACUGAGAAAAUAUUGACUGAAUUAAACCAAAGUUAUGGAACAAAAUAAUUGACCUUUGAAAAUAUAUUUACAUUAGCUGUCCAGGGACACUCCUCCGAGAGCCUUGGGAGAACUUCGUCCUUUCAUCUUGCAUGCCCACUCCAGCUUUGUCACCAAAGAUUUAAUCUCCUCUUCUCUCCCGGACAGAAAUUAGAUCACAGGCUCCAGGGAUAUGCUUUGGUGGUCAAGGGGGUGCACUUUGGUUUUCAUUCUGUUCACAGUGAUAUUUACAAGAGACUUGUUUUUAGAGGAGUAACAGAAUGGUCUUGAUGAUAUGGGGUUUGGUCUGAUGUUUGAAAAGAUAGGGAAAAAAUAAACAGUAGUACUUGACACUGAUAAUUAGUCCUUAAUAGAUUCUUGACCUGGAGACUGAUGGAGAGAAAGAUAAUUCCAUGGAAUAGAGUGAGCGAAGUCACUUAGAACCAAACAAGGAUCACUGAUGAAACAUGGAGUAGCAUGAAACAGAGUAAAUCAAAGCUUUGCAUGUCCAGAUCUCCCAGUGAUCCCACGGGGAAGUCAGAUAACUCCAGUGAAUGAGUAUUGAAAAAGUCACAGUCUGGAUUCCAUUGCACUUGCUUGAGUGGAUCAAGUGUCCAUGUUCAUGUCAAGGAAAAUGCGUGAGGCUGAUCUGUUGUGAUAGUGCCUUUCUUGUAAUAAGUACUAGAUUAAUAAUUUGUUCAAUUUUUGUUUCCUUUUUGUUUUCUCUCUCUUUUUUUUUUUUUUUUUGAACCUCUGCCCCCAGUUUUCUGAGGAGGUCUGAAGGGAUAAUAUUCACUUAAAUGAAGAGAUAGGAUCUUGUUCCUGGAAUGCUGUGAUAUGAUGAUAUUUGCACUAGAUUCUAAACUCUCUUUUAAACUAGACAUCUGAGUGAGAGGAUAACAGGACAGUUUAAAUUUAAGGAAACCAAAAGCAUUAUUUUCUGACUGAUUCAGCUUCCUUUUCUUUCUGAGAAAACAGUGAAAAAAAAAAAAAACCCAACUUCAUACACAUUUUUUUCCAGUCUCUGUUCUUAGAAUUCUUUUCCUUCCUUUUUGGCCACACUGAACUAUCAGUAUGGACUAGCCCUCCGAUAGGAAUGAUUGAUGUACAGGGCCUCUGGUACUACAAAAAUUUCAGCCCUCCUCUGCUCCUUCAGAUACAUAGGGCAUUGAGAGAGGGGCUCCUCCCAGAAGCCAAUAAGCCUAAUAUCAAGUUCUUGGCUUUUUCCUGUUUGCUUAUAUUAGAAGACAUGGGACCCUGUAAGUAAUCCUAAGGAUACUCUGAAAGAGAAGGAAACCAGUGGAUUGAAAAACAAAGGGAGGUGGUAUCCAAAGUUUUCCUAUUUCUUGUCUUGUCUCUUUCCCUCCUCACUGUCAAGUCUUCACUACCAGUAUUGUAUUUCAUCUCAUAUAUUACAUGUGACCAGAAGAAUUGUUUGUUUUCUUGGUUUCUUUCUUUACUGGUGGGCAAGAAACUCCUCCAAAAUUAAAAAUUAAAAUCAUUGGUGGCUCUGCUGUGGCCUACCAGUUUCUUGAAUGCUAUCCAGUUGACUGAGAUAGCUCAAGAGCUUUGACUGGCUGAACCACCUUAUCUUCAUCUUGUUUCUAUUUUCAUUUUGCAUCUUGAGUGAUCCUAUGGAAAGGUGGAAGUCGUAGGAAAGAUUUGGAGGCUUUGUUCUAGGGCAUAGCUUGUUAGGAGUUUGUGUCAGCUAAAAUAUAUCUUUCUAUAGUUGUUUUCAGUUGAGUGUUGCCCUGAUUAUAAUUUCUUUUCUAUUUGUGCUUAUUUUUAUAAUAAUAGAGUCCAUUUGAUAUGUCUAAAAGUACUUUUUUUGUUCUAUUUUCCCCACAUGGAUGCAGUACCAACCUGCUAAUGAAAUACUUUUUAUUUUAUUAUUAAUAUGUAAUUCUACUGUAGACCAAAAACAUAAAAACAUUUUUUUCAUUUUUAAAGAUAUAAGGAACUAGUGAGUAAAGAUUAAGAGUUGAAGGAAAAGACAGAAGAGCAGUGGUUAACUAUGUUGAGUUAAAAAAUCUAAGUAUAGCCUUACCUACUUUUUAACCAGUGCUUGCCAAUCACGUGAUAGUUGAGAUUAUAGUCUUGGCUCCUUCAUGCUUAUGUUCUAUAAUUCUUGUUUGUAUGUUUGUUUUUCUUUGAUGUAAUUGAGGUUGCACAUCAUGCUAUUUUUGGCAAUGCCUGAUCUUAUUAUAUUGUGCUUUUAUCAGUUAUUUCCUUUCAAAGGGUGGGGGGUAUUUUUUUUCUUUUUUUUAAUUUAAAAUUUGUUUAAUGCACUGGAAAUACAAUUGGACACAUUUCACUGUUGAAAAAUUCAGAAACAAAACACAAAACACAAAGAAAAAACCAGCAACCAUAUAAGCAACAGAGUCGGGGGGGAGGGAAAUCUGCUUGUACUGAAUACACAUACAAAAUAUAUCCCACGUGAAGAAAUACCAACAAAUAUGAAAAAUAUAUGAUUUAACCUACUAUGCUAAAAAAAAAGUACACUUAGUCAUAAGCUAAGAUUUUUGUCAUCAUUCCAAUUCAUGCCUCAGCAGAUUAACUGAACAUGAGGAGACUGGAGAAAGUAACCUCAGCCAGCCUCAUACCACUAAAGUUGAUCAGUAGACUUGAUUCUAAGCUUGAGCUCCAUUUUAGAAGGGGGUACAAGGAAGCUAUAAAAAGGCAAAAAGGCAAUGAAGUGUGAUGCUUAAAAAAGUGGCUUGAAUAGUAUGUGUACAGUGCACAUGUGGGCAUGUUCACGUGCAAAUUCUUGAGGGUUUGCCACGGAUGGCUUGGACAUGGGAGACUCUGAGUGGCCCAUAACAUCAGCCAUUCCGUUGCUAAAGAACCUCUUGACUCCAACCUGAUCUCCCUUCUUCAGCAUUCCUGGAUAUCAACAGAGCCAGUUAACCCAUACAAAUGCACCGUGAAAUGAAGGACAGAGACAUUUUUUUCCGAGCCAGUUGACUGUAUCAUUUAUUUAAUGUUUGCUGGGUUUUUCUGUUUUUGUUUUGUUUGACUCGGGGUGGGAGUGGAUGUAAUUUCACAAUCUUAAACAGUCAUUGUUUUGCAUCUUCCAUGUUUUAUGCAAAAACAAACAUUUAAAUCAAUAAAUAAUUGUGCCCUAGACUGAAAGUUAAUGUUUAGGAGAGGAGAAAAAUUGUUGGAAUUUUUUCUACAUUUUUUUGUGAAGAAUCUUUUUUGGAAAGGAAGGAUACAUAUUUUUGUUGUGUAAUAUUUUCUAUUUUUGAAUGCAUUUUAUUGGUACAAGACUGUUUUUUUGGUGAAGAUAUUAUUUAAAAAAAAGAAAAAAAAACUAAUCGAAAAGUUUGCCCUUAAGGAUAUGCUGCAGUUUUGAGGUUAAAAAAAAAUAACUGAUUCAAGAUGCGUGUUAAAAGUUGGGAUUAUAUUGUUGUUUUUUGUAAUUGUUACAAGAAGAAGUUUGUACCCACUGCUGUUUAUUUUGUUUCAGAUGAGUAAGUAAAGGAAUUGUUCUUGUUUUAUUCUUUUUUUAGAGAAAAAAAAAAGCUAUUUAUGAAAUGUCAAAAACACUGGACUGUGAGUUUAAGUGUGGAAGCAUUUUACCACCCUGUGUCUUCGACCAAUUAUGGGAAAGCCCUUUUCUCUUCCCCCCGCCUUAGCCUUGCCAAAUGAGAAAAAUAUAACAGCUGUCGGAUGAUCGAAGCCACUGAAGCCCUGCUUUAAUUUUUAUGGUUUGAAAAAUGUUGGAAAAACCAAAGUUAAAUUUGUUUCUGAAAAUCCCACUGUCCGUAGUCCUUUAUUGUAUGACACAGCCCGUUGGCUCUGCCUCUUUCUCUUGGAUCGUUGCCUUCCUGAGGACUGGAGGCCAACUCUGAUACGAAGAGAGGCUUAAAGGUGGUGCGCCAGGGAGCUGAGGUCUCAUACGGCAAAGUGUGAGUGGGAUUUCAGCCUCUCCUGGGGCACCAUGCUUUCCCAUUUCAUGGCCAGACUGCCUGAGCAAAGAUCCUCCCUGUCACCCCCCACCCAUGACCCUCCUGUUGCCUUGGCACUCCCAGAGGCUUAGCCAUUCCCAGCCGCCCACAUUCCAUGGAUGGGAUGGGGCCAAGGGGGGAUUCCAUGGAAAGAAAUGUCCGGUGGGUGCUGGGAAGGCACUUGCUGGGGAAGCCAGCACAGGGGAGAGGGAGCGAAGGGAUCUCGCGUGCCUCGUCUUUGGUUCUGUGGAUUGUCCAUCCAUCUGCUCACUGUGAAGAUGGAGAGGCAGAGUGCCCGAUGGCUGUUUGAUAGCUUUUCCAUAUUUUUUCAACAUUGAAAAAAUAAUUUUUAAAAACUGUGAUUUUUUUUUAAAAGAAGAAAAUCAUUUGGCUGGAGGGAAGGGAAAAGGGAAACACCAAAAGCUGUAACAUGAUUAACUGGAGAUAAUUUAACUGGGGCACUUUCUAGACUAAGACAAAAAAAAUUCCAUUCUGGACCCUAAAGCAGCCAAAUCUUGAGACUGUCAAUGACAGAAAGCUGAAAAGAGGCCCCUGUUUUCUCCUUGCUUUUUCCUUCUUCCUGUCUCUACAUUCUCUCAUUUUCCUUUCCCCACUUCCCUGGGACUACUACCACAAUGGCCCUUGAACUCGCAUUUCACAUGUGCUUUCAUGCACACCGCACACACACUUGCAAAACACCAUUUUCAUAAAGGAUUGUGGGACAGAAUAAAAUCAUGUGCCUUCAUUCUUUCCUUUUAUCAUUAAAUGAAUCUCUUCCUUUAUACAGUAUUUUUUUGAAAAAAUAAACAAAAACAAGGGUGAGGUGGGAAUGUUGGUGGAGGAUUUAGGCGUGGCUUGAGAUGUCAUUGGUGUCCAGCACAUUCUCCCAUGCCCCUCCCCUCUCCCAUUAAAUAAAAUAAUUUCCACCCCUUCGAUGCAGCAUUCAGAGCAACGAGUAACUGCAUACAUGGCAGUCGGCACCCAUUUGCUUUUAGAAAAUUCCUGAAAAUUUUCCUUCAUAAACUUCUGUGAUUUUUCUCAACAAUGAGGUGAGCAAUGGCAAGCAGCCUUGUUCUCCCUCUAUGGUGCUUGUGUGUGUGGCCUGGGGUGGGCCUGGGCGUGGGGCAGUGGGUGUGUUCAGACAAAGGGUGCAUUCCUAACGCUCUCUGGUGCUGAAGGGCCUCAAGUCUCAUUCAGAGACUAUUUGACACACUUAAGUACACACAAAUGAUGGGUAUCACAUGCAAUAUACUUAAUGAAGCAAUGGAAGAGGCUCUUUGAAAUGGGGUUUUGCAUCUUCUUGUAAUAUUUUGAUUUCUCUGGUGCCUUAUUCCUGCUCGAUGCUGGCACUCACAUACCCACAGGGAACUGACAUGGAGGUCAGCCUCAAAAGUGGGGAACGCCUGGGCAAUGCUUGAGUGUGGGGAAAUGUGGGGAGGUCGGUGGCAGGUGGUGGGAAGGGAACUAGAUGCCAUCUCUUAGCUGAACCCAGGCAGGAAAUGCACAUGUUCAUGCGGAGUUAAGUUUCCACCUCUAAACAUACCACAAACUAUCCUUUCUAGUCUGGGCUUGCUUUCUUCCUUUUCUAUCUUUGCCUUCUCGUACAGGUGCUGCUGCUGCUGCUACUAGGGUGCCCGGAGUCCAGAAUGCCCAGUAAUCACUCAGGCACAAGCCUGGCACUGCCACAUCAGCCCCUGGCACAAACAAGCCUAGGUUUCUCUUGUGUGGGGCUGAGAACUCUCAAUUUUUCUCAUCAGAUGUUUUCUAAGGAAUCAGUGAAUUACAGUUAUUCUGCAUUAAAAAUGCACUUUAAAAAAAAUAAAUGAAAGCUCCAGACUGUUUAAAAUGUACAGUGGGAGAAGGGAAAAAAUAAACAUGUGCUAGUGUCUGAAUCCAGUUCAGUUUAUCUCCAGUUGAAACAAUAUACACUAUAUUAUGUAUAAAUGUAUACACACUUCCUAUAUAUAUCUCCGUAUAUAUAGUGUAUAUAUUAUACAUGUAUCAGUGUGUAUAUGUGCAUAUAUGCACACAUGCACAUAACAAAAUCAGAUGCUCAUUUCAAAUCCAGAUGCUCAUUACAAAACCAGAUGCUACACAAGCAGCAGCAGAGGAAAUAAGGUUGGACUCUUGCAACAGAUCACAAAAAAUGAAAACAGCCAUUUGCAGUGACUGGUCAUUUCCGUAUGUUCACAAGGAAUGGAUUGUAACAAAGAAAAAAAAGGAACAGUAUUAGUAAAAGAGGAAAAAUGGGCGAAACCAUCUUGAUCUAAUGGGAAUGCAGUAAUGUUCUAUACCAUUUCAUUUGUUAUUUCUUUUUGUCAUGUUGAUUUGAUUUCAGUUUUGGCUAUUAAGAAACAAAUUUUUAAACUCAAGUGACCCUCCGCAAACUGAACAAAAUGACUACAGUGAAAGCCCUUUUGAAUGGAAGAUGUCAGAAAUCUCAAAACCCUUGACCUGGCUCAGAACUCCCAUGUGCAAAUCAGAACUCUCCUAACAUUUGAAAUAAAAACUAAAAAAAAAAGAAAAAAAGAAAAAAAAGAAAAAAAAAAACCUUUUUGAAGCACCUUAAUGUGGUCAUCCAUUCGAAGAGUGGGUGCCACUUUUUUCUUUGAGCACCUUAUUGACGUGUUUUGCUAUCUGCUGUCUUUCUGUUACCUGUUGGCUGAAUGGCUAGCUGUUAACAUACACACGCGCCCAGACCAGAAAUCUGGGGGCAUGUGUGUUCUAAAUGAAGUUUACUGUGGUGACUGCUGAAAGGUGAAUCCAUUUCCUGAUUUUCUCACCACAGUGUUGUGAUAAGAUUCGAAGAAACCCUACUCCCUGCACAGAAGAUGUUUCUUAUCACAUUGUAUCGUAUUAUGGAAAGGAAUAUGGUCCCUUUUUUGCAAUUGCUACUGUACACACACACACACACACACACACACACACACACACACACACACACACACACUUGCACAAACAUUCAUUCGUCCAAGUGGUGUUUUCGAUGUCUGUGUGGGUGUCACCGUUUUUUGCAGUUUCUAUUUCCCAGCGAAUUUUGAAUGGAGGUCAACUUUUCUAACCAGAUUGUCUUUUCAGACUGAAGACCUGGGGAUUGGGGAAGAGUUUGGAAAAAGGGCGAGGCAAAGGAAAAAGAGCUUUAAAUUGAAAGAGUAAUUUCCCAAGAAGAACCUGGGCUCAAUCACCGCAGAGACUGUAUCCUCCAAUCUUUGCAGGUGGGCAGGAACACUGCUGUAUCAAUCUGUGUACCAUUAUAGACUUAUGUCUGCACACAUACAUCCAUCAUUCAUCAGUAGAGACAAUGGUUUGGGACGAGCAGGUCAAUAGUUUUGAGAGGGAGUUUGUUCCUUUUUUUUUUUUCUCAUUAUACUCUUAAAUCGUUGUCAGUUAUCAAACAAACAAAAAUUGUUUUUGAAAAACCUUGCAUACGCCUUUUCUAUCAAGUGCUUUAAAAUAUAGACUAAAUACACACAUCCUGCCAGUUUUUCUUACAGUGACAGUAUCCUUACCUGCCAUUUAAUAUUAGCCUCGUAUUUUUCUCACGUAUAUUUACCUGUGACUUGUAUUUGUUAUUUAAACAGGAAAAAAAAACAUUCAAAAAAAGAAAAAUUAACUGUAGCGCUUCAUUAUACUAUUAUAUUAUUAUUAUUGUGACAUUUUGGAAUACUGUGAAGUUUUAUCUCUUGCAUAUACUUUAUACGGAAGUAUUACGCCUUAAAAAAUACGAAAAUAAAUUUUACAAGGUUUCUGUUUUGUGUGGAAGAGUAAUUGAUGUUGCUAAGAAUGAUGUUUGUUUUUUGGGGUUUUUGUUGUUUUUUUUUUUAAAUGUUACCAGCACUUUUUUUGUAAGUUUCACUUUCCGAGGUAUUGUACAAGUUCACACUGUUUGUGAAGUUUGAAUAUGAAGGAAUAAUUAAAAAAAAAAUCUUC